GCACGACGGUAUAGCCGUACUUCAAGCUCUCUCGGAUGAAUGAAGACCUUACAUUGCCCGGUUCCAACUGUGAAAAUGGGUUUUCCGGAGGCUCAAAACACAAGUUUUGCUGUCACUUGAUUGCAAUGGCAGAAUGCCCAUGAGAUUUACAUGCGGCCCAUGUCUAUCGCAAUCCUCACAUCUGUAUCCUUCACGGUUCCUAAAGCAAAACUUUGAAUAAUUAAAAAUGGAGAAAGCACAAGUAAUAUGCAUAUUCCAAGACCAAAGUUUUUUCAGGGCACCAAAUACUUACUCUCACACGUGUCUGUCUUAAAGGAAAGAAGAAGAGAUAUACUUUUUGGGUGGCCAAUGCAGCUCAUCAUGUCAACAUGAGAAAAAUAUGGCUUAUGUUCUGCCCCCUGCAGAGAAACAUUUGUAAGAAUAGGACUAUACAGAUUUCAGUUGUAUACAGGAAUUUUUUUGAAAUGAGAAGGCCUACAAUUUUAAAUAUAAAGCAGCAGAAAUGAGGACGUGGGUAUUGGCAGCAUCCUCUCCUGGAAUCGCACAUUACAGUAGAAUAUCACCACGAGAUUUUUGUGUGCCGGGGAUUUAUAAAGUGCAGCAUUUUCCCACAAUUUCUCACAAUUGUAUUAUACUAAGGUCUAGAAGGAAUUUUCUAUUUCCUCUGUCUUAUUGCAGUAGAGGCAUCUCAAGAAGGAAGAUGUUGUCCACAGGAGAGAUGGCCGAGAAGGCUUUAGGAGGACGGUUCUAUGUUGGGGGUUUACACAAACAGGUUCUGGAUAUCACCCACAGAAGCCUAUUGCCCAGUAGAGCAAAAGAGACAGGGCAUGUGACUGUGUGCUUUAAGGAUGAUGACUACCAUAAUGGCAGCCCCGUAGUGAACUCAGUGACCUGUACGACUUACAAUAUUUUGGCCCCAAUUUACAAGCGCAUCAAUAGUGAGGGAAUCCGAGAAAGUGAGUACAGGGAAUAUUGGUUCAGUCGAAACAAGAGUAUACUUGAGAUAUUGCUCCAGAAAAGAUCCUCCAUCAUAUGUUUGCAGGAGUUCUGGAUUAAAAAUGAGGAGCUUGUGGACAUGUAUGAAAAACGAUUCCAUGAUGCUGGGUAUGAUAUAUACAAACUUGGGCGCACUAACGACCGUGGUGAUGGUCUCCUCACUGCAGUGAGAAGGGACCAUUUCAAGGUAGUCAAUAAUCAGGAACUUUUAUUCAAUGAUUUUGGUGACCGUGUAGCUCAGUUAUUGCAUCUUCGUUCUGCACUCCCAUAUAUACAGAAUGAAACAGAUGAAAUUUGCCUAGAAGCUAUCAUUGUUAACACCCAUUUGUUGUUUCCACACAAUUCGAAUUAUAGUUUAGUUCGUCUUCGACAGGUAUACAAGAUCUUAGAGUACUUGGAGAUAUUUAAGGCAGAUAAUAAACUUCAAUCCAUUCCUGUUAUUCUUUGUGGGGACUGGAAUGGGAGCAAACGUGGGCAUGUUUACAAAUUUCUACGUUCUCAAGGCUUUGUUUCAUCCUAUGACACUGCUCGUGAUUACACCGAUGGUGAUCAAGAUGCUCAUAGGUGGAUUAGCCAUCUCAAUCACCGUGGAAAUAAAUGUGGAGUAGACUUUAUAUGGCUUCUCAAUCCUGACAAAGACCGUAAGCCUUUAAAUAUCAGCUGGAUGCAAGCAGUUUUUAGCAUUAUCAAGUUUAAAUUGAAAGAGGCUGGUUUGAACAAUCUAGAUGCGUUUUGCUUCUUUAACCCAGAAUGUAACAUUAAGGAUUAUUUCACACUAGAAGACUUUCGCCAUGCUCUUCAACAAUUAGGGCUUACAGAACAGCUUUCAGAGGGCCUUACAAGUGAAGAGAUUGAAGAUCUGAUGAUGGCAGCCGACCUUGAUGGAAAUGGUAUAAUUGACAGUGAGGAAUUUCAGAAGGUGAUGAUAACACAAUCAAUUGAGUUAAGUCCCAUAACUGUAUUGGAGGGGAAAAAGUACUCAGCACCUUAUGUUAAUGGAAAAAAUGAAUCGCCACUUACAGAACAACAUUAUGACUUAAGAACCGUGAACCAUAAUAAGCACUUAUUUCUAAGGCAAAUAACAGGGUUGGAAUCUGGGUCUCCAUUAAUGAAGUGUGAUGUGGAUCCAAGCAUUCAGGAUCAAGAUGCUCUGCAUGAAUCUGAAAUUGGUUUUGAUGUGAAGGGUGCAUCAUUGUUUCCUUCUGAGGUAGAGCAGGGCAUCUGGCCUGAAAAUUAUCAUAUGUCUGACCAUGCUCUAUUAAGUGCUGUGUUUGAACCAGUAAGGAUACCAAAGAAGCAGAAGGCUAGUGGUUGAUCUUAUCACUGUUCUCUGCAAAUUGUGUCUGUAAACAUAGGAAAAGAAAGAAAUAUCUGUGGCCAAUUAUGAAUGAGAAUUUAAAGCCUACUCAAUUCGUCGAUUUUUGCAUUGCAAAUCAGAUUAAUGAUAUCUACCUUGCACUGCACACGUUAUACUUAUCUUAUGAAGGUUUUGUGUCGACUUCAAUUUAUUUUGGAAUUAGGAAAAUUUUGUAGUCAACUUCAUUCUCUUGAAAGCUUGCAAUCAUAAUGUAUAUAAUUACCAAUUUUCUUAUAAAAAUCAGCACAUUUUUGACCUCA